UAUUAUAUAUUUGUGUGACACACCAAUCCCCAUCGGGCCCUGAAAGAAGUCUUCAGGAUUUUCGGGUAUCCCUGCUAGAGUGGCGGCCUUGUUACACGAGCGGAGCGGCUCGAAGGAUGCGGAGUGCGGAGGAUUAAUUGGCGGGUCCGAUCGCGCGCGCCGCAACCCCUUGCCCUGCUUCCUCGACCUCCUCUCCCUUCCCUCGCGCAGCGCAGCGAUCCCUUCGAAGGGGUUGCACGCCACGUCGGAUCUCCAGCCAGAGUGGCGAGAGAAAAAAAAAAAAAGCGCGCGCAGAGGAGGAACGAAAGAAAGGAGCUGCUAAUUGACACGGGCGAUUGCACGUAACGGUAUAAUUAGAGAAAAGAAUACGGAGAGCCCGGGCCGGUGCACCGAUGAAACCAAUGAACCAGCCACCGCGCGGCAAAGGGAGAGAGGGAAAGAAAACGAGUAAGGCAAAGAGAGAAAGAGAGAGUGAGAAGAUACGGCGAGCGGAGCAACGGAAGAGAGAUGAACGGAAAGGCAGAAAAGCAGCAGGGGAGAGAAGCAGCCGGCGGGUUUCGUGCGACCAUCGAGGGGUUCCCUCUCCGAGAGAAAGAGCCGCGGGCCUACGGUAAGAGAGACAGAGAGAAAGAGAGAGAGAAAGCGAGAGAGGGAGCGAGAGAACGAGAUCGAGUGCGAGGGCAAGGGAGAGAGAGAGAAGCGCUGGUCGACGAGACAGAGAAGGGGUACGCGACUACCACAGAGAGCAGGAGAGAGACAGAACGAGGGGGGAGGAGAGGAGCGGGAGGGAGAGCGAAAAGAGAGGGACCAUAGGCUCGUGGACCCUGCCGCGAUCAUUCUGUACCAACACGCCGCGCCGGUCGGUUUCGCAGCGUUCCCAGGGCCCUCCGAUAACACCACGAGGAGGAGCAACCGUUCACCAACGAGGUCAUUUCCGCGUCCCCCGUUGAGGGAAAGAGCUCCGUUGUGGAAGAGUGCCCCCGAGUCUUCGGCGACACAUCUCCUCCGACGUUCUUCUUCUUGCCGCGAGAUACGAGGACGCCGCAGGACACGAGACUCCGGGAAGUGCCCCCACCGGUGAAAGGUGCCGCGAGAGUCUGUUUGUUUUUUUUUCUUUCAUCCUCCGGGAGCUCGAUUCCGCCGGGACCAUCAGGCUUCUUCACCCGGACGACUUUGACGAAGUCGCUCUGCGCGAAGUAUACCGCUCGCUCUUUGAUCAAGAAACGCCGUUGGUUCCCCGAAGAGCUCGUCCAGAAAAGAAAAGGCGAUAGUCUUGGAGCCUGGCGAGUGGCGGAUAGAGAUCUAGCGGUUUUUAAGCUUCAGCAGAGUCCUUCGGUCUUCUAUGCCGAGAUCGUCGUCGUCAGCAAUACCGAUCUUGCCGCUCGUUGGAAAAGAUUUAAGAUUUAAGAAAAUCGGAUUAUAUAUAUGACAAAUCGACCGUACGAAUGCUGAAGAAUCUGAGGAUCUUUAUACGACAUACAAAAACGAGCGCUCGAGGGAUCAUCGAAUAAUGCACCUCGGUAGCUCGCUUUUAUCUCGGACGUUGGAUCGGAUGACAGGUUCUCCAGUAGAACAAGAACGCCGACCGUCUGCAGGCGCAUCCGAGCGGAACACAGUUGAGCUAUAAGUUCGACGUCGUGAGAUUCGUUGAAGCGGCAAUUAACGCUACGCAUUAAGGAUCGAGGGCGCGAUCUUGGACGAUCGUACAUCUCGAACGUAUCCUUAGAGAGCUCGGAGGCUCGAAAGCGGGAUCCUCGCGUUCAGUCGCGCCGAACGGCCGCGACUCGUUUAAAACUCGGGCACGCGGCGGCGAAAGAGUUCGGCGGAAAUUAUUCCAUCAAGAUCGCAAUCGCGCGCUGGCGUGACCGAGCGCGAGCAGCUCGCCCAGGCGAUCAGGUUUCGCUCCGAGAAGAAAUCUCGCUCUUCCAGCACGCGUUCUCCGCCGCGCCGCUCGCUGUGCCGCGCUGUGCCGGGGCCGGGGAAGGAUCGCGCAAGUAGUACUCGAUCCACGGCCGGAGUACUCGUUCAGAUCCUCGGGCCCGAUCUUCUCCGUGCGACCCGAGAGAGACUCGGGCGAACCAAUUAUGCGAGCCGGUAGGUGUUAUGAGCCGCGAAAUGAGACGUGAAGCGGCGCGGAGUCGUGUCGCGCGAGGAAGGAGAGGAACGUUUCCGUCCGAAGGACUAUUCACGAUUCAAAGGACGAGGUCCCGUCGCGGGUGAUUUUCCCCCCGAUAAGGAGAAGGCGAGAUCGAUUCGCACUCGUGAUCGCGCUAUUAUCGCGGAAGGACGAGCGAACGAUACAAGAUUAUCCCGGCGAGUCGAGCCGGGGCGCAAUUAUCUCUGAUACUUAACGACUGCGGCUUGCUCCGUUCCGGGGUGAAGAAGAAGGAUGACGAUGCGCAAUGGUCCACUCCUGAUCCUGCGAUCGCUGAUGGUCGCCGCCGCAGCCGCCACGACGGUCCCGGGGACCUGGAUAAAUCUGGGUCUACGACACCUGCCGCAAUUGGAACCGGCGCAGUCAAUGGAACCGUUUGACGCGAGUGCCUCCACGAUCUGCGUUGGUCUGAAGGGCCUGUCCCAGGGCCAGGGAAAGCUCUGCCAGCUGUCCGUGGACCACAUGUUCAGCGUGGCCAAGGGCGCCAAGUACGGUGUCAUGGAGUGCCAGCAUCAGUUCAGGGACAGAAGGUGGAACUGCUCCACCGUCCACGACGAGACGGUGUUCGGUCCGAUACUCAGAAUAGCGAGCAGGGAGACCGCGUUCGUUCACGCGAUCACCGCCGCCGGAGUGGUCUACUCCGUCAGCCGUUCCUGCCGGGACGGCCAGCUGUCGUCGUGCGGAUGUUCCAGGAGUAGCAGGCCCAAGGAUCUGAAGCGCGAUUGGAUCUGGGGCGGAUGCGGGGAUAAUCUCGAGUACGGCUACAAAUUCACGCAGGCGUUCGUUGAUGUGCGGGAGCGGGAGCGCAGCUUUAAGAGGGGCAGCCGGGAGCAGGGCAGGAGCCUGAUGAAUCUGCACAACAAUGAGGCCGGUCGCAGGGCCGUCAUCAAAAGGUCCAAGGUGACGUGCAAAUGUCACGGCGUUUCCGGAAGCUGCAGCCUGAUCACCUGCUGGCAGCAGCUCACAUCGUUUCGCGACAUCGGCGAUUUUCUGUUGGACAAGUACGACGGUGCGACCGAAGUCAAAGUGAAUCGGCGCGGCCGCUUAUCGAUGCGCGAUCCCAGGUUCUCCGUACCCACUGCGAACGAUCUGGUCUAUCUGGACGACUCGCCGAAUUACUGCCUCCCGAACGACACCCUGGGAUCACUAGGCACGCAGGGUAGAUUAUGCAAUAGAACCUCGUCUGGCAUGGACGGCUGCAAUCUCCUUUGCUGCGGCAGGGGAUACAACACGCAGAAGUCGACCAUCAAGGAGAGAUGCGAGUGCAAGUUUCACUGGUGUUGUUUCGUCGAGUGCAAGACCUGCGUGAAGAAUAUCGAUAUACACACUUGCAAAUAGCGCGCUAUUAUUUAUUUCUUUUUCUUUUCAUAAUUCUUUUUCGGACUUGUCCUCGCAUCGUCGAAGAUAUAUACGAAGGUACAACUGACAGUAUAAUCGUAUCUUGGUAACGGCGGCAUUAUUGUUUCACAGUCAAUGAAUUUUGAGCGGUACUUUUUUAAUUUAAAAUCUACUCAUCAAAUAAAUUUUAUUAAAGCCUCUCUCUUCCGCGAAUAUGCGUGUAUGUGUGAUACAUGUAUGUAUGUUAUGCAAUAUUAUAUUACUUAUUACUGCGAUAGGUAAUCUAAAAGAUAAAUUUUAUCAGAAUAUUAAGUAAUCUAUUUUAUCAGGGAAAUGAGUUAGUCUUGUCGUAAAUUAUUCAUGGCCUACAAAAAAAGUUUAAGCAAAUCAAGAAACUUUUAAUUGUGUGUUCGUAGGAAUUAAGCGCAUCGCAACUUACGAUCAUCCAAUUGACGCGAUUCUUUUAAUGGAGACGAGUAAAAUAUAAACUUAAAUUGCAUUUAGUCUCCUAUGAAAAAUCCAUAUUAAAACUCGUUAAAUUAAUUUAUCAAUCGUCUAAUUAUUCCUUUUUACACUACUCUUUA